CACUCCGGAGCGUAUUCCCACGGUUUGGACCCGGGCUCGGAGCUCCGAGCAGCCAAAGUGCACCUGCCAUUGGGGGUGCCCUCCCCAGUAUAUAAGCUCAGCCCCUCCACCCUGGCUCAUCAUUCCUGACCCGGACCUCUUGCUCGCUGGAGUUCGCUUUUUUUCCUCUCGCUCUCGUUCCGCGUUCUUUCGAGUUGCCAUUGCUCUUAUCAACACGCUUUCGCGUCCAAGUUCAAGUGCUUUCGUCAUGUCUUUCACAAGCUCGUACCACGUGGAGUGCUUCUGUGAUAACUGCCAGAACAUGAAGAUCGACGCCUCGCAAACUUUCGCCAAGAAGAAACCCCUCAAAUUCAAAUCGCUUUUGAAAUCCCUGUUGAAGCGCCUGUUGGUCAAGUCCGACCCCAAGCCCGUGUACGCCGGCAAGGAGUUCGACUACCAGGGUCCCGAGAUGGACAACAUGCGCAACUACAUGCAGGACGAGAACAUGCGCAACUACAUGCAGGACGAGAACAUGCGUAACUACAUGCACGACCAGAUGCUGGCCCUCACCCCCGAAGAAGAAGACAACCGGCAAAAUGAACUUGCUGAACUUCGUGAACAGAUCGUCGUGCUUCUGGUCCCUUCUCCGGCCUGGGGAGGGUACAACGUCCCCGACUGCGAUAUCUGCGCCAGGGGUGACUUCAACCCCCUCACAGUUCGACAGAUCCCGCAAGCUCAGAUCUAAGCUUCAUCGGUGGUAAGCCUGCUCAAUUGUACACAACGUCUUUCAUCGAUCCACUCAAGUUCAAUUCGCGUGUCUCCAAGCUCAAGUUCACUUCUCCUAUCAAGCUCAAGCUCAAUCUGAGCCUCCGUGAACUCGCGUCAUCGCAAUUUUCUUGAGAAGCAACAGCGCUUUCAGUUAUAAUCUACACUGUCUUUCAUUAGGUUUAAGGUUAGGUUUAGGUUUUUAUUAGAUUCACUAGGUGCCAACUUUCUUUAUUUAUUCGUCGUGGUAUAAGCUGUAAAUAUUUUAAUCUCGGUGCAUCGCAAAAUUUUACAACUUUUGCAAGUUCUGGUGCACUUCAGCUCAAAUUUUAGUAUCUCAUGAGUAUUUUCUCAGGUGAAUCCUUGCUUAAAUUUCAGUAUUCCGUUUGUUACAUCUCAAUUUUUAGCAUUUUCAAAUGUGUAUACAAGCCGCUUUAACGCAUAUUGAUUAAUUUUUCUGCAAUAAUUGACUGAUUAUAUUCAGCGUGCUAAAAAUUUCUCUCAUGCAGAAAGUUCGAGUGCAUUCCAACUCAUACUCACUUUUGUCUUUUUUCUUUUUUAUUUAAUUGGAUUUAUUCUCAGGUUCUUACUUAAGUGUUUAUUUUGUGCAUCCAGUGACUCACUUUGAGUUGCACUUCCAGCUUUGGGUGCUAAGUUUGCAUUUUUAAUAAUUUCAAAACGUUUUGGUGACUAGACUGAUUAAUAUUUAUCAGCAUUUUCAUUUUUUUUUCAAAUCGAUUUUUUUUAUGCAAUUUCAUGUUUAAUAACAGAAUUGGUGCAUACAUUAUUUAUGCCUUCUAAUAACUUUCUCAUAUGAACGCUAAUUUCAAUCCAUUAUCCAUUGAUACAUUUUCCAUUUCUUUCUAUAAUGCAACUUUUUUAUGUACAAAUGCGUAACAAAUAACAUUGGCCCUUUCAUAUUUUGAGAUUAAUUUUUAAUGUUGCCGUUUUGAGCAACAAUUAUCCAAUUUUUUUAAUUCAAUUAAAUGCUCAUCUUCAAUAGUUGACCUUUUCUUAGCGUUCAUCCUUAAGCUUAUUUCAACUUCAAGUUUUUUCAACCAACUUUUUUCAACAUCUCAAAUUUCCAUUUUCGCCAGAAAAUGAAAUCUCUUGAUUACUUAAAUUAUUCGAUAUGUUUACUUAGUUUAAACAAAUCUCUCACAAACUUCAAUAGAUAUGCUCAUUGUAAAUAAUUAUUUCCACGGUAUUCUUUUUCAUGUGAUUCGUUUGUUGUUGUUAUGUUGUUGAUCAAUUAAGAGAGUUUAAUUACCUACAUGUGUAAUCCAUAAACUGUGAUUUUUGUUGAAGAUACAUCUGUAUCUAACUCUUUGUAAGUUCUAGAUUUUUUAUCAUUUUCUUCGAAAGAGGGAAAUAUUUCAAUUCAUAAAUAAAACAAAAAAUUAUCUGAA